UAUAUGGAGAUCAAUGGACUCGACUCACUGGCAAAAACCCGAAAACCAGUCUAAUCGCUGCUUGAGUCUGAAGCCCAGUGAACCUUAGUGAUAUUAUUACACGAUUGAAAUUGGGGAUCAAUCUAAAUGGACAUUGAUCGUCUGCUUCGCUUGGAAACAACAAACAACUUGCAUGAUUGAGUUGCAGAUGUGUGUGACGGUGACCAUGGAGGAAGGUUUGGGCUUUAUUUUUUGCGGUUUAUCGUGAUCAAGAUGAUGGAAAUGAACCGUGGCAGUUGCAGGUAGGGCUAAUCCCUCUCAUCUGGGUCCGGCUCGAAUUUCUUUUGGAAAGAAUGCACUAUCCAGACGCCACUUCUAAGUUCUAUGAUCAUGUUCAACAUCAGACUGGGACCAAUCAAUUUUGACUCAACAAAUGGCUGGGAUUGAACAAGUGUGUCUGUUCAUGGAGGAAGGAAUAGGUUGCACACAUGUCUAGCUGGAGACCUACACUGUAAACUUUAAACUGCUCUGGCAUUGCUGAUUCUUUGUGUUUAGCACAUGUUUUGGGGAUAUUUUCAAAAUGAAAACGAAACACAAGAAAUCAAGGAACAAAUCCAAACUACCAAAGAGCAAAGUUUUGAUCCGCAACUAUGAGGAAACCCCUCAAAAGUACCGUUCCAAGAUGGAUCCUCUGGACUUAGAGGAGCAUAAACAUGAGUUCCUGCACCAUGGUCAUGUCUCCAAAUUUCAAUUCAAAACAGAUUUCGAAAAUAUGCAAGAUACUCCAUGCAUCAAGCAGGGCGUGAUCAAAUGUGACCUUCUUGCAGAAGCCUCUCGUAUCCUUGAGAAUGUUAAUGAGAAGUUUGGAUGUGGAGAUCAAUACAUAGAGCAGACAUAUGGUACUAGGAUUAAUGCUGAGGAAGCAUCUAGUCUGCUUGUGAAGUACCUGGAAGACACUGGCUCUGAAGGAAUGAUGACAAUUAGCUGGAGCAAGGACCUUUCAUGCAGUGGUCAGAUGAGUUGGCGUGGCCCUUGUCUUCGGUACAACAAGCCAGAAGCCAGAAAGUACUCAAUGUGGAUCAAGAAUUCUGAAGAUAAUGUGUACCUUAGGGAACAUGGCAUCCACUGUCUUGCCAACCAUGAGAUUGCUACUCACUUUUAUCGUUCACUGAAUGAUGGUUUACAGCCAUGGUUCUCCAAUCGCCAGCGUUUUGGUCUCAGUGGCUUGAACAGUCAAACAUUAGCAGAAACUGAAGAGGGUUUAGCAUCAAUAAACACCGUACUACAAGCAAAAAACAAAUAUCUCUUCUCCCAAGCCCUGACAUAUUAUACAGCCUGCAAAGCAACAGAGAUGACAUUCCAUGAGCUAUUUGAUCAUCUAGGCCAAUAUUUGAUGGAUAAGGAAUUAAGAUGGAAGUAUGUUAUGCGAGUCAAGCGCUGCUUACAAGACCCGGGUGGUGUUGGGGGUAAUGGCAAGGACCAGUGCUACUUCACAGGAGCUGUUGAUAUUCUCCGCAACAUUGAUAACACAGACUUCCACUUGCUAUACAGUGGUAAGAUUAGCAGAGAGGAGAUUCCUCGCAUUAAGCGUAUGGCUCGUCUUGAUUUCAUCAAACUGCCAGCAUUCCUGCAGAAUCAAGAGACUUACCGUAAGCAACUGAGACACAUGGCUAUUUUGAAUGGACUCAUUGAACACAGACCAAUCAAGACAUCAAGCAAAUUAGUAAACCGAAGGAAAUUUGACAGGUUGCAGCAAAUAAAGAUUCCUCAACCUCUUUCAUCAUGCUCCCAGUCAGUAAAUGAAUUAGACAUUAAUCUGAACUCUUCCAGAGAGACUCAUUGUGGUUCACAUUGCACUCCAGUAGAACAAAUGGCAGCAUGUCAUGUCACCAAAAGAAAUCCUAAAUGUGUCAAAAAAGAUGGAUGUUCAGUUAAAAAGAAACAGCCUCAAACAGUGGAAUCCACUAGUAUGAGUGAAUCGGACAGCCAUUCCAUUGUGAGAAUGAUAUAUGUUUCUAGGGAUGAAGCAUGUAAUGAUGAUGAGAAGGUUACACCAACGCAAGCAUUUUGCUCAUGGUGGUCGUCUAGAUCCCCAUCACCAGUUGCUGGCAGUGUAGCUACUGAUGAUCGUGUCAAGCCUGCUGCCUCUGUCAGCCCGGUGCCUUAUUCACCACAUCGAUGGCUCCUCAGGAAACGAAACAGAUCCUCCCCCAAUGUACUUAUCAAGAAAAAUGAAGCUACUUAUGCAAGGACUCAAUUUACACACAAUUUGUAGAGAAAUUGGAGGUACAAUGUACAUGUAUAUGAUUGACAGACAAUAGGACAUCUUAAAUGUGAAUACACAAUUACUUCAUACUAUCAUACAGUAAGCUAUUAGUUGUCGACAUUUCUCCAUUUGGAUUUUGUACUUCCUAGAGAGGUGGAGACAUAACUGCAUAUUUACAUGUACAGUGAUUUGAUAGGCCAGGGUACAGACCUCUCCUGUUUGUCAUUUUUGCUAGCCACUAUUGGAAGAAAUGUAUGGACAUGAUGAUAUCACUAUUGCCAGGUCACAUUGAACCAGACACAGGACUAGCACAGAUAAGAACCUUUCUCUUUCUAGAAUCACUGGUUCCCAGGAUGGAUUGCGUGUCGGGGAGUAUCUCUAAGAUCAUAAGUUGUGAAGGGGGGGGGCUUGAAAUUAUUAUUUUUUAUUUGCUUAAUUUUGGUUGCAAGAAAGUCUCAAAUUUGAAAUUCUUGAGUUGUACUUAUACAAGGGGGCCCUCGGGAAGCUUGAGCUGAGUUUGCCCUCCAGAGUACCCCCUCCCUCCCCCCCCUCAAAAAAAGGGGUAGGGGAAAAAAGGACACCUAUGCUAAUACAUGUACAUAAACAUGUAUCUGUAUCUAUGCUUGAAUUCAAUAUAACUUAAAAGAACCUGCCAAACGGGGUCUAAAACAAGGCUGUGUCCCAUACCGUCAAAAAGAGGUUCAGUCUAGCCGUCCCUCCCUGUUUGUCAAAAAAAGUACAUGAUAAUUUCAGGUUGCAUAGCUUGAUAAAAAUAAUGUUGCUUCACCAAUCAUUUUAAAAUGGAGAUGUGAGAACGGUGGUUGAUGGUGCUUUCCUUCAAGCGCAACCUCCAUAUUACUUCUUAUUAAUUGUUCCCCAUUAAGAGCAUUUUCAGAACUGAAUGGCUUUUCCGUAUACUUGACCAUCCCAGGUGUCUGAGAGGGUGUUCUUUGUUAAUUAACAAUGAUUGAACUAAAGGUUUACUCGAACGAUACUAAACCUUGCCCCCUAAUUAACUCCGUCUUAACCCGUAAGGUUUAAUGCUAGAGAAGAGAGAGAAAGGGUUAUACCAUUUUGGCGUGUAUUGUUUAUUGCUAUACAUGUAUGUGCACAUUCACGUUUUUAAAGUCUACAGCUGGUGUAAAUCCUUCCAUUUCAACAGGAAAAUUCGUAGUGAUUUUCAAAUUGCUGUGUUUCCAAUCGUGUACAAUUUUAUUUUUGAGGUGUUCUAAUGAGUAAAUAAUUUGAUAAAUAAAAUGUUACUGUCCGUUUGGAAUUUCAUGUUUGAAGCGUUUAAACAUGGAAAUGAAUAAAACUGCUGCAGACUACUGCCAUAAAAAAGCACGAGGGCCUUAAAAAAUGAGCCGUACAUUAUGAACUUAAAUCGGCAACUAGUGUUUUUUUGGUCCAUCUUGCCAAGUGGUCUUGCACAGGCCAACGUAGACCGUUAAACAUUGUAAAUGCAAUUCUCCAAGUCUGUGUUAUUUGUAAUGGAGUUAUGAAUUCUGAAAUGUAUUUCAGGUUUACACAUUGUUUGACAGAAAUAACAUGAUUGAUGUGCAGCACUAA